AUAUUAGUCGAUAGCGUCUACGCCUCGAAGCACUGGUCUCAAAGCUGCGUAUUGGCGAUUUUCGAUUUUAAAAUGAGAACCAGGAAAAAAUUGAGCUCAUGGCUAUUGAUGAUUUGUGUUGCAUGUUGUCUUGACAUCGCGUCUGUUUCGUCUCAAGAACAAAAGAAUUGCAAACCUGGCAGAUGUCCAUCACACGAAGGUGGACGAUAUUGUCCGGAACAGUUUGAUAUUACAGACGAAUGUUUUGAUGACUUUCAAUGUUCUGGUGAUAAAAAAUGCUGCUCGGAUGGUUGUGAAUUGAAAUGCUUAUCCCCGGCCACAGAAGACACAAAGCCAAAACCGAACGACUUAGUGCAAUACUGCAAGGAUGGUGAAUGUCCGGUCGUUCCCUUUCGUGAUGACUGUCCUCAUUUUUGGCAACUACAAGAUGAAUGUUACUUUGACUUUCAAUGCCCAAAUGAUCAAAAGUGUUGCUCAGAUGGCUGUGAGCUACGUUGUACAGCAAUAAAAGUGAACGCAACAGUUGUUGUUGAAACCACAAAGCCGUCAGAAUUACCAUUGACUUUGCUGUCCACGACUCCAGAUGUCAUCUACAAUUUUACGACUUCAACUUUUGGACCUUCUCCAGCUGGUUUGUACUAUUUCAAUGUUGUUGUAAAGAACGAAUACCGGUACCCAGUUACUGUCAUAAUGACGAUUAAGAACGUGGAGUUUGAAAAAAUAGAGAUUCCAGGAAAGCAGCAAAAAACAAUUGACACAAGGAUCGACAGUUUGGCACCAGUGGUGAUAACUGCAAAUAAUCCUUCUGGUCAGCCAGUAUUGGUGAACAAUCAAUUUCGUGAAAUUAUUUAUGGAAGCGCUGUAUUACAAGAACCUCAAAUAAUAUAUUUAGCCGAUAAAGCCCCAGUUCUCGUCAGCACAAAGUUUCCAGUUGAUAAAACUACAUCAUCACCAUCAGCGAAGUACUAUAUCAAUGUUACGAUUGUAAAUGCGUAUGGCGACCAUAUAAGUGUUUUAACUGAUAAUCCCGACUACCGUUCAUUUGACAUUGGUGUUGACGAAAGUAUCCAGAUAAGUUAUGAAAGUAGCACUUACUCACAGUUUUACGUAACAGCGUAUUACAAUUCAAACCCAGUCCAAAUCAACGGAAACCUGUCUGUCCUGGUAAAAAGUACUACUUCGCGUAUUCCUUUAAUAUAUUAUGUUGCGUCUCGUGAGUUUACAAAACCUUAUGUCGUAAGCACUACAGUUGUCACUAAAACCAAAUCUACACCAGUCACAAUCACAGACACUAGGCAAAGUCCUGUUGUUGGCCCUGAGGUAGAAGAAACUACAAAAUCUACAACAUUCGAAAGCACUGAUGUUCUUCCCAAGAUAAGUACUUCAACACCGUUUGUUACGGAAAGCACUGAAGAACCGACUGUCACCACUGGUACUCCCGAGAAAAGUACUUCAACACCGUUUGUUACGGAAAGCACUGAAGAACCGGCUGUCACCACUGGUACUCCCGAGAAAAGUACUUCGACACCGUUUGUUACAGAAAGCACUGAAGAACCGACUGUCACCACUGGUACUCCCGAGAUAAGUACUUCAACACCGUUUGUUACGGAAAGCACUAAAGAACCGACUGUCACCACUGGUACUCAUCCCGUUCUUGAUAAAAGUACCACAAUUGGUCCUGAUGUAGAAGAAACUACAAAAGCUACAACAUUCGAAAGCACUGAGGCUCUUCCCGAGAAAAGUACUUCAACACCGUUUGUUACAGGAAGCACUGAAGAACCGACUGUCACCACUGGUACUCCCGAGAUAAGUACUUCAACACCGUUUGUUACAGAAAGCACUGAAGAACCGACUGUCACCACUGGUACUCCCGAGAUAAGUACUUCAACACCGUUUGUUACAGAAAGCACUGAAGAACCGACUGUCACCACUGGUACUCCAGAUGUUGUUGAUGAAAGUACCACAAUUGGUCCUGAUGUAGAAGAAACUACAAAAGCUACAACAUUCGAAAGCACUGAGGCUCUUCCCGAGAAAAGUACUUCAACACCGUUUGUUACAGGAAGCACUGAAGAACCGACUGUCACUACUAGUACUCCAGAUGUUGUUGAUGAAAGUACCACAAUUGGUCCUGAUGUAGAAGAAACUACAAAAGCUACAACAUUCGAAAGCACUGACGCUCUUCCCGAGAAAAGUACUUCAACACCGUUUGUUACAGAAAGCACUGAAGAACCGACUGUCACCACUGGUACUCCAGAUGUUGUUGAUGAAAGUACCACAAUUGGUCCUGAUGUAGAAGAAACUACAAAGCUACAACAUUCGAAAGCACUGACGCUCUUCCCGAGAAAAGUACUUCAACACCGUUUGUUACAGAAAGCACUGAAGAACCGACUGUCACCACUGGUACUCCAGAUGUUGUUGAUGAAAGUACCACAAUUGGUCCUGAUGUAGAAGAAACUACAAAGCUACAACAUUCGAAAGCACUGACGCUCUUCCCGAGAAAAGUACUUCAACACCGUUUGUUACAGAAAGCACUGAAGAACCGACUGUCACCACUGGUACUCCAGA